AUGCUCAGCUUCGCAGAAUCCAUGGCCCUGAAAUGUGCGGUUGAGUUACGCAUAGCCGAUAUAAUCAACUCCCACGGCCAUCCCAUUACCUUACAGGAGAUCGCCGCCAGCAUUGACUCUCCUUCUCCGGACGUCGACUACCUAGCACGACUCAUGAGGCUACUGGUGGACAAAUGCAUCUUCACCUCGUCACAACCCAUAGCCGAUGACAUCAAAGACUCUUCCAAAUGGCUCUUAAAGGACUCCUCCUCCUCCUCACCAAGCCUGGCAGAAAUAGACCAUCCAUGGUUUAUGGCUCCUUGGCAUUACCUUACUAAAUGUGUCCAAGAAGGCAGCGUGGCUUUCACCAAAGCUCACGGUUGCGACAUCUGGGACUUCGCUGCGGCCAACCCAGAGUUCAACAAUCUCUUCAACGAGAGCAUGGCCUGCACUUCAAAGGUUGUUCUCAAGGCUUUGUUGUCGGCCUACGGAGAAGGGUUUGCGGGUAUGGGAUCAGGGUCGGUGGUGGUGGAUGUGGGAGGAGGGACUGGGAUGGCGGUGGCGGAGAUUGUGAAGACUCAUCCGCACAUAAAGGGAAUCAACUUUGACCUACCACAUGUCAUUGACACUGCACCUCAGUACCCAGGCGUCUCUCACAUCGCAGGGGAUAUGUUUGCUUCCAUUCCCAAAGCUGAUGCUCACAUCCUCAGGUGGGUGCUACAUGAUUGGAGUGAUGAAAACUGCAUAAAUAUUUUGAAGAAUUUCCGCAAAGCAUUGCCAGAAAAAAAUGGAAAGAUUAUAUUUGUUGAAGUGGUGUUGGAGCCAGAAGGAGAAGGCUUAUUUUCUGAAACUGGAUUGGUGUUUGAUUUUCUUAUGAUUGCUCUCAGCUCUGGUGGGAGAGAGAGGACCAAGAUAGAAUGGAAGAAGUUGCAGGAAGCAGGAUUUCCUCGCUAUAAAAUAAUCCAGAUUCUAGCUCUGCCAUAUAUUAUUGAGGCCUAG